AUGUUCCUUUUGGGGACUACAGAGAAAAGUCCAAUCGACCGCCUACAUGGCAGCAUAAAAUUGCAGGAUUUUUCACAAAAUAUUUGUUGUCUUUCCAGUAUAGGGAGGGAGUGCUUGAAAGAGGUAAAUCAAGACAUGGAUGAAAAAAAAGGGUUGCUUGGUGGUGCUCUUAGAAGAGGAGCUGACUUGUCAGGGCUACAUGGUGCUUGUAAGCAGCAUUCAGGGCACCUCAAAUCCAGUGUUUGCCCCCAGAACAGCAUCAGGAUGAGAUGGGAGUUUCAGUCAGUUAGAAGGCUCCGUACCUGUUGCUGA